AUGGGCGUCCAUAUUGUAGAACUUGUCAACAACACGCACCAUACACUUCGUUACCACAACACGAAAACCGGCUACAAAGCCGAGGUUGGACCUAAAGACUCCAAACACUGGGAAAAUAAUGACUGGGUUCCAUCCACGGAUUAUCACGAAGAUCUUGUUCCAAAGUACACUGGUCCACCUUAUGACCUAUCAGACAGUGUCGAGAUUGAGGUACAACUAAAGUCGUACUCAUACACAUUCUGCAAGAUAUCCGACUAUCGCCUGACGGAAUGGGCCGUUAGGCAGCCUGCAGAUGGUGAGGCAGGCUGGGUCGAUGCAAAGCCCGAAAAAGGAUCGCAUGAUCUAGAAGAUGGUUUGUCCUACGUCGUAAGAAUCGAAGAGGACGAUGACGAAAAGAUCCACCUUUUGAUCUAUAAGAAAUCAAACAUCAACGCCGCCGAGUCCAUCUGCGGAUGGUUCAACAACGGCAACAUAGCCAAGGCCCCCAUCACUGUAUACACCAAUACCA